GUAACUCUGUAAGCAGCCUUUGAAAGCCCAUUUGCACCCCACACUCAUUCUCUUCACCUUUUGAACUCUCCUUGGUUCAAUACAUUCCCUAUCGACUCCCCAAAUCAUCUCAACAAUCGAUGUAGGUCACUAUCUUAUCGAGAUAAAUACUACUGUAGCUUCUCUGUCUAGAUUCAUCAUCCAUGUUCAUAGUCUUAGAAUAACUACUAGUAUCUUCGGUCCUCAACCGAUAUUAUUCUGGUGGUCAAGUGGUGUGUUUCACAACCAAAAGGUCAGGAGUUCAAAUCCUGCACUUUAGACAGCAAAAACAGUUAGAUGGCGGAUUAUUAUGUGUUAUUUUUGAAGAAUGUUCUGGUGGUGUCUUUAGCUAUGAAUAUGGGGUUAAUAUGGAGAAUGAGGUAUGAGGAUGAAGAAAACCUAACACCCAGCUGGGGGAAUAUGCUUCAUCUUCAUGGCUCUGGUUUAUAUGCUCAGAAAAACAGCAGGAUACAAGAGGAGGAGGAGGAGGAAGAGGAGGCUCAUGCUAGCAAGAAGACACAUAUUCUGACAACAACGUUGUCUUCUGCUGCUCCUGAUGGCUUGGAGAGUGUAGUCAUCAAUCUUGAUCAUGGCGACCCGACGAUGUAUGAGGAGUUUUGGAAGCAAAAGGGUGAAGAAACAACGGUUGUGACUUCAAGUUGGCAGCACAUAAGUUAUUUUUCAGAUGUAAAUAACGUUUGCUGGUUUUUGGAGCCUGGGCUCGUGAGUGCAAUUACUGCGCUGCAUAGAACGGUUGGCAAUGCGGUCACUGAGGGUCGACAUAUUGUGGUGGGAACGGGUUCCUCACAACUUUAUCAGGCUGCACUAUACGCCCUUUCACCGGUUGAUGGUCCAGGUCCCAUGAAUGUCGUGUCUGCCGCUCCAUUUUACUCGUCAUACCCAUUGAUGACCGACUACUUGAAAUCAGAGCUACACAAAUGGGCGGGUGACGCGUACAAGUUUAACAAAGAAGAACCCUACAUCGAGCUCGUGACUUCUCCAAACAACCCUGAUGGAUUCACGAGACAAGAUGUAGUCAAAGGAGAUAAAGGGAUUUUGAUUCAUGAUCUAGCUUAUUACUGGCCACAAUAUACACCGAUUUUAUCACCUGCAGACUAUGAUAUAAUGCUCUUUACCGUCUCCAAAAGUACAGGCCAUGCUGGUUCCCGAAUCGGUUGGGCUGUUGUAAAGGAUAGAGAGAUUGCUAAGAAAAUGACCACAUUUAUAGAGAUCAACACCAUUGGUGUGUCUAAAGAAUCACAAAUCCGAGCAGCAAAGAUUUUGCAAGCCGUUUCUGAUGGUUGUAUCCAUCACAACCGAAAAGAAGCUGAGACUAAUUUCUUUGAUUAUAGCUACAAACUCAUGGCAGAAAGAUGGAAGAGAAUUAGAGAAGCAGUGAAUAAAACCACACUUUUCAGUUUGCCUAGUUUUCCGCAGGAAACAUGUUCGUUCAGUGGCCGAACGUUCGGGCAGCUGCCUGCAUUCGCUUGGUUAAAGUGUGAGGGAGAGAUAGAUGAUUGCGAAAGCUUUCUGAGGAGGCAUAAGGUAAUAACACGAAGCGGGAAGCACUUCGGGGCCAGCAUGAAAUACGUGAGAGUCAGCAUGUUAAGUCGAGAGAGCGAAUUUAAACUCUUAACUGAACGGCUGCCUGCAAUUAAAACUUGAAUGGAAUCCAAUUUCUGUUUUUUUUUUCCAGCAAUAUAUUGGGGUUAGCCA